ACCUCAAAUUAUUCUUAUACAGAAUCAAUCAAUAUACUCACUUGAUGAAAAGCUUUGUCUACAAUUGAUUGUAAAAAUGCUCAUCCCCAUCCUCCAGGAAUUAGGGUUAAUUUCCCUCUGGCACUCCUCCCUAGACACAAAACUCCUCUGCUCCCAACGCUUCGUCCGCCUCUUUGCCUACGGCGGCUCAACUCUGAUUCUGGCCUCUUACCUCUCUACUCUGGGUAUAUCCGAUGACCGAAUCGGAUUAUUCAUGACCCUGACUCUGGUAGGCGAUGUGGUAAUCAGCUUCUUUCUGACUCUCUUCGCGGACCGAUUGGGUCGUAAAGCGGUGCUUUUGUUGGGUUCGGCGAUGAUGUGUGGCAGUGGUGUUGCGUUUGCGUGGUCCGGGAAUUAUUGGGUUUUGUUGCUUGCGGCGAUUUUGGGGGUUAUUAGUCCUAAUGGAAAUGAAAUUGGUCCUUUUCGGGCUGUUGAAGAGUCGACUAUAGCCCAUCUUACGGCUAAAGAGCAUAUGAGCGAUAUCUACGCUUGGUAUUCAUUGAUUGGCACCGCCGGCACGGCUCUCGGUAUGAUGGUGUGCGGCUGGGUCAUGUCGAUUCUGCAAGAGACUAAACGUUGGGAUUUUAUCCCUGCGUGCCGUGUUGUUUUCAUGUUGUAUGCUGCUGUGGGUGCCGUCAAAUUCGUCUUGACGAUGGGAUUGAGUUCGAAUGUGGAGGCUGGAAAGAAGGAGCAGCCAGACAAUGCAGGCACUUCUAAUGAAACUGAUCCAUUAUUAGGAUCUAGUCAAAUUGACGAAACUGUUGUCACGCCAAAGCAAAAGAGACUAUUCUUCUUGCCCGGCGUCGAGGCCCAGUUCGUGGGUCUAGUGACUAGUCUCUUCCUACUCUUUGCUCUGGAUUCAUUCGGGUCGGCACUUGCUUCAUUGUCAUGGGUAACGUAUUACUUCCGCCGCAAAUUCAACAUGACUGACGGCGAGCUCGGCUCUCUCUUCUCCGGCACAAGCGUCAUCCAAGCUAUCUCCAUGCUCCUCGCAUCUUCAAUCGCAAAACGAUUCGGAAACGUCAAAACAAUGGUCUUCACCCACUUACCCUCGGGACUCUUUCUGGCCCUAAUGUCCGUCCCGAAUUCCUUGCCUAUCGCCAUGAUUUUCCUAAUUGGUCGCGCAUGUCUUCAAAACAUGGACGUUGCGCCUCGGUCUGCGUUCUUGGCGCAGGCUUUACCUGCCGAGCAGCGAACGGCUAUCAUGGGCACGAUCAAUGUGGUCAAGACCACUUCGGCGAGUUUGGCGCCGUUGUUGACAGGCGUCCUGUCUUCAAGGGGAGCGUUGGGGGUUUCGUUUGUGGUUGCAGGUUGUUUGAAGAUUUCGUAUGAUUUGGGUAUGUUGAUUACAUUUGGGGGGAUGGAUAGGGAGCAUCAGAGAAAGGCGCAGGUUGAAGCUGAAGCUGAUGCUUGAUUUGUCUGUAAUUUUUAUAUUCACCUAUAAAUCUAUCUAUAUAAGAAAUAAUAAUAAUAGUGAAUGAUCGUAU